AUGGUCAGGGCUGGGGGCCACGUAGCCGAAUCCUACCCAUGGAAAUUGACGCACCCAAUAGCUAGAGCCAAGAAGGUCCAAGACAUGUUUCAGCUCGCGAAUGUUGCGUCGAUCGCGGAGCAGGCAUGUUGGGGUGAAGAGCGAAAGGAAGAGGAGCUCCGCAAGAAGAGCUCGUGCUUCGUCACACCCUAUGGACUGGCCCUAGCAGUUGAUGCUCAUCGACGACGUUGUCAGGUGUACGCGGAAGCCGUGGAGAACGCCAAAGGAAAAAAGUUCGAUCAUCCUGCGGUAUUCUCCUGGCCAGUGCCGUACGAUUUGGGAGCACACCUUACCACCGCAAUCGCUCUGCAGGGAAAACUGCGCAUUCCUGGCGCAACAACGGCCGCUAAACUGGAGAUUUUCAUCGCGCUGCCUUCAGCUUUUGGUCGUGUGGGCGUCGAUGUCGACUACGCAGAUAACAUCACACCAUACGUCUAUGCAAAUUGGAGUGCCCUUGCCGAGAAGCUGAUCUCCAUGCCUAUUGUUACAUCCAUCAUCGUGGUAUGGCCGGACACUACGCCAGAGAGCAGAGAAAUGCGCCAAGUUUUGAUCGCACUUGAGCGCCACCUGCAGUCGGCAGGCUCACUUGCGUUUUUCCCGAGCCCGUAUGAGGACGACAACGAAACGGCGAUGGACUAUAUGGGCUUCGGGUUGUGGUAUGUUUCGCAGAAUUAG